AGGCAAGAAGCUAAAACUAAAGGAAAAAAUUGGUUUGAUUUACCAGCUACUAAAUUAACAGACAGUGUACGACAUGAUCUUGACUUAAUCCGUAUGAGAUCUGCAUUAGAUACUAAACGUUUUUAUAAAAAGAAUGAAACUGAAGCUUAUCCUAAAUACUUUCAGAUUGGUACAGUUGUAGAUUCACCAUAUGAAGGUAAAACCGGUCGUCUUAUCAAUAAAGAACGGAAACGUACAAUGGUUGACGAACUUUUAGCAGAUGUGGAAUUUAAACAAAGCGCUAAAAAGCGAUAUAAGAAUAUAUUAAUGUCUAAUCCUAAACUGGCAGCUAAAAUUAAAAGAGAAAAUAGGAAAAUGAAAAAACUAAAAAAGAAAAGAAAGUAGUUAUAUAUCUUGUAUUUUCAUUAUGUUAUAUUAUGCUAAAGCCAAUAAAUACCUGAAUGUUGUUUGUCUCAUAA